AUGGGAAUUAAACCUGUAACACAUGUCCUUUUUGAUAUGGAUGGACUUUUAUUGAACACUGAGGAUCUAUAUACGGAGCUCUUUCAAAAUAUUGUGUCCAAGUAUGGUAAAAACUAUACUUUUGAUUUGAAGAUGAAAUUAAUGGGAAGCCAAGCCCAUGAAACUGCUGAAAUUAUCACUUCUGAACUUGACCUUCCAAUGACACCAGAAGAAUUUCAGCAAGAGUGUCAGAAAGGGGAAUCUCUAUUUGCAAAUUGCAAGCUUAUGCCUGGAGCAAAAAGCCUAAUUGAACAUUUGCAUAAACAUAAUGUACCCAUGGCUUUAGCCACUAGUUCUGGUGAAGACAGUUACCAUUUAAAAGUUGAUAAGAACCAUUCCGAAAUAUUUUCUUUGUUUCCUUACAAGACAUUUGGAUCAUCAGAUCCAACAGUGAAACAAGGGAAACCACAUCCAGACAUAUUUUUAGUAACAGCUGCAAAAUUUCCUGAAAGGCCAGCACCAGAAAAAUGUUUAGUGCUAGAAGAUGCAGUCAACGGUGUUAAAUCGGCUGUGGCAGCUGGUAUGCAGGUAGUGGUUGUUCCUGACACUCGGAUAGACAAAGCUCUACUUACAGAGGCCACACAAAUACUGAAUUCUCUGGAAGAAUUCAAGCCAGAACUUUUUGGUUUACCACCAUUUGAUGAUUAA